CUCGAUUCAGCCGUAUAUAGAUCGCUCAUUGUACAACAGAGCAACUGAUGUCGUAACUGAUGUCGCAACUGAGAAGAACACGCAACUAUCAUGAAGCAAUCCUCCUAUCCCACAAAGUCAAGAACGACCAAGCGGGUGUACAUCCGCAAGCAAAUGGAGACAACGGCAGCCGCUGCGGAAACCACGCAAAUAACAACAAUCCAUGGGCCGUUCGAUCUCGGAUCUACGGUCAGCUUCUGGACGUGAGUCUGCCUGCGCAUCUGGAGAGAUAUAGAUUGAGAGGGUUCCAGGCCGGCGAGAAUGAUGGACUUGGCAUGCUAUUUAUGCCUUCUCUCCGGAGAACCUCCACACUCCUGCAUCUCACACGGUGCCUGCUAUCGAAACCAUCACCACAAAAUCGACUUUCUAGAAAUGUGGCAAAGCGAGCAAUUGGUCUCAGUGCGACCAGGCUUCGGAGGCUUCGGAGGCUUCGAUGGUGUCCUUCCAGAAGUCGGAUCCGGGGAAGAUCUACGGUUCCUGCAGUCGAUCAGAUCCUGGGUUGGGAUUGGAUGAUCUUGUUUAAGCAGUGGAGUUCUCGAUUGGUUGCGGCGGAGCGCGAGGGCUGAGAUAGAAUGUGGAGAAGAGAAAAAGAAAUGUUAAGUUCCACUAUCCUCUGAAGCAAGAAGUCGAC